AUGUUGUCGACGCUUUCAAAGUGGAUCCUUGUCUCGCAUCGAAACUAUUAACUUAGGAUUCUGUCCUGUCAGCACAUCAAAACCCAUUUCGUUCCUGUCAGAAAGAGGCCUAUGGCAGGUUACGAUGUUCAGGGAUAGAUUAGAUAGUGAGGCAUAGCCCAAGAUCUCCCAUAACUGCUACUCGUUGUGCAUAAAUAAAACAUCAUGUAGAGAGAUUGUGAAAAUACCCCAACAUUGAAAGAAUUGCAGUAUGACCAUGACAUUUGGUCGUGAUAGGUAUUGCUGACAGGUAUAAACCUUUACUAACCAUGUCACAUCUUACAAUCAUUGUUGCCGCCACGAAAUCAAAUGGUAUCGGCCAACAUGGUAAACUUCCAUGGCGGCUGUCGAAAGAGAUGGCUUAUUUUGCUCGGGUCACAUCUACCGCGCCUGAAGGACGGAAGAACGCGGUCGUCAUGGGGCGGAAGACAUGGGAGAGCAUACCAGUCAAUUUCAGGCCUCUUUCUAAACGCCUCAACGUAGUCAUCAGUCGCAAUGAGGACUACGAACUGACAUCCCUCAACCUGUCAGCUCCAGUUCAUCUUUGCUCGAACCUGAGUUCGGCAGUUGAGUUGGCGUCUCAGGCUGACAUACACCGACGAUUUAUUAUCGGCGGAGUAUCCUUGAUCUCGGAGACACUAAACCCUACAUCUUCGAGUCCGACGUCUUGUAUCGCCGACCGUGUCCUCUUGACACGAGUCCUUGCACCUGAUUUCCCCCAAUGUGACGUUUUUAUGCCAGACUUCUUGGGAGCAAGCGGGAAAGGGGAAACAGAAUGGAAGCAAGCGGCUCAUGAUGAACUCGUGCAAUGGACGGGAUUCGACGUGCCAGCAGGAGUCCAGGAGGAAAAGGGAGUUAGCUACGAGUUCCAGAUGUGGCUUCGUCAAUAACAUUGGUGGUAGAAUAUUUCGAGAGCUGUGCAUUAUAUCGACAAAAAAUAUCUCCCUUCCCCUACGUGCAUUCUACCAAAACAA